AUGUUGCGGGUAUCUUACCUUAUUUAUGAGUAUAAAUGUGAUUGUACACCUAACCCUGAUGUUCUUUGCAAUACAAGAUUCAAAUUUGGUGCGUUCAUGGAUGCCAUCAGUAACAUGGAUUUUGAGUUUGUUGCUUCUGGACAUUAUGCAAAAGUUAUUCACCCCCUUACAGAUGAAACCAAUGAGCUUUCAUUUCUUCAGCUGUCAAAGGAUAUGGUAUGUUGUUCAGAAAGAUGUAAAAAAAUAAUAUGGUUUUUGUAUCAAGAAAUUAUUACUCUGUUGAUAAAAGAAGGCGAUCAUUUCGUGUUGGAUCCUUUAUGGAUCAACGGAUAUCCUCCUCACAACUUAAACCACUUAAGAUGCAAGGUUCGGCAUGGUCCGGUUUUCUAUGAUUGCAGUUUGCAUAUAGAAGAAAAAGAUGUUAUUGGCACCGUCCAAUUACCUGAAGGUGAUCAGGGUCGCAGCUGGCCCAUUUGCAGCUUUUUAUCAAAAGAGCUUUGUGUGGGGUCAGGGGUAGGAAAAGAGGAAAAGUUAGACAAGUUUGAGCUUCCUGCAAAGAUAAAUUGUUGCCAGAUCAAAACACCUGAAUUUGCAUUAGUGACAGCCACACUCAAGUUAAAGAGGGAACAAUUGAAGGCCAAAUUUAAGGAUGAUAUGCAAAAGCUAUACGAGUGA